AUGAAGCCGGAGAGCUUCCCCGAGGAGAAUGGCAUCGGGGAGGGAAGGGCGGCCGGCCAGGGAGCCCUCACAGCCGAGAGGUGCCAGAAGAAACGCCGCUGGAUUCCGGAGCACUUCUGGGAGGACGCGAGGCAGCUGCUGGUGCUGGCGGGGCCGCUGAUCCUGAUCCAGCUGCUCAUCUUCCUGAUCCACCUGGUCAGCUCCAUAUUCUGUGGCCACCUGGGCAAGGUUGAGCUGGCCUCUGUCACGCUGGCCAUCGCUGUUAUAAAUGUCACCGCCAUCUCUGUAGGGUACGGUUUGACUUCAGCGUGUGACACCUUGAUAUCACAGACCUAUGGCAGCAAGAACCUGCUGCGUGUGGGGGUGAUCCUGCAGCGUGCCACCAUCAUCAUCCUCCUCUGCUGCUUCCCCUGCUGCGCCGUCCUCCUCAACGUGGAGCCGCUGAUGCUGCUCAUGCACCAGGACCACGAUGUCUCCAGGCUGACCCAGCGCUACGUGGAUGCGUUUCUCCCUGCCCUCCCGGCGGUUUUUGUGUAUAACCUGGAGGCAAGAUACCUGCAGAACCAGAUGAUCAUGUGGCCCUUGGUGCUGAGUGGGGUCAUCGGCAACCUCAUCAACGUGGCUGCAAACUACCUGCUCCUCUUCCAGUUCCACCUGGGCGUCAUGGGCUCUGGCUGGGCCAACACCAUCGCUCAGUAUUCACAAGCCAUUUUCUUGUUCCUGUACAUCAUAUGCAGGAAGCUCCAUGUGAACACCUGGGGAGGCUGGUCCAGCGAGUGCCUGCUGGAGUGGGACAGCUUCACCUCCCUGGCCAUCCCCAGCAUGCUCAUGAUGUGCAUCGAGUGGUGGACCUACGAGAUUGGGAGCUUCUUGAUAGGCCUGCUGAGCGUUGUGGAGCUCUCUGUGCAGUCCAUCAUCUAUGAGGUGUCUGUUGUGGCUUUCAUGAUCCCCCUGGGGCUGGGCACAGCUGCCAGCGUGCAGGUGGGCAACGCGCUGGGCGCCGGCAGCGCCGACAUGGCCAAGAGAUGCUCCCUCACCAGCCUGAUCUGCACAGGGGUGUUCUCUGUGAUUGUGGGGUCCAUUUUAGCUUCCUCAAGGAAUGUGCUGGGAUACAUCUUCACCCCAGAUAAGGAAAUCGUUGGCUUGGUGGCGUGGAUCAUUCCUGUCCACGCUGUCUUCCACAUGUUUGAAGCCAUGGCUUGUACCAGCAGCGGGGUGCUCAGAGGCAUCGGGAAGCAGAAGUUUGGUGCCAUCCUCAACGCUGUGGCUUACUACGGUGUGGGCUUGCCCCUGGCAGCCGUGCUGCUCUUCGUGGCCAGGAUCGGCGUCAUGGGCCUGUGGGUCGGGUUGCUCGUCGCCGUCUUCAUCCUCUGCAGCAGCUUCCUCGCCUUCAUCUCCCGUGUGGACUGGGAGAAGGCAGCCAAGAAGGCUCAGCGGCGCGCAGGAGUGACCCCACAGAGGCUGCCGAGCCUGUGCACCGAAGGCUCCUACAAGGACCUGGAUGUGGCUGCAGUCCCCCAGCCCCACACUUUCCUCCCUGCCAGGGCCGUGCUGGGGUCUGUCGCGGGGUUAGAGCCACAGGGCGACAUUGUGCUCACGAGAAUCACCAGGACAGAGGGCCCCACGUACCAGCUGGAGCUGAGGGAAGCCGCCUCCUCCCCGGCCACCCCCGUGGUCACCAACCAGCUGCUGCUCCGCCGCGCGCUGGCCCUGGUCGUGGCCAUCACCACGCUGGCCCUGGGCAUCGCCGUGAAGAUGAUUGUCAGCACGGCCUGA